GGGAAUGAGCCUUUCACUGACUAUGGGUCCAAGAGAGGCUUAUACUCAUUAUAUGAACUUUUCAUCUGUUAAUCUCAUCUUCAUUUCAUAUGGCCUUGAAGCAGGAAAGCUCUUCAAAAUGGGGGCCAAUUGAUCAUCCACUUUCUUUUUUUUUUUUUUUUUUUCAGGAGAACAUGAGAUCUUUGGAGAAGCACUGAGUGAUUCUGAAGAAGAAGAAGAACCUUCCAAUAUCCUCAUUGACGAAGACUCAAGGGCAUCUGCAUCCGAGGACAAUCUUCACAUUGAUCAUUUGCAUGUGAAGGAGGAAGACUCUUCAGAGAGUGGAGAAAUUUCUUUCAGACGAUGGAAGAAAGAAUUUGAGGAUUCUGCUGGAGUUGGAUAUAGCAGUCCAAAAAAAUCAGCUCCUGACAGAAGAGGAAUAGAAGAGAGGCUCGAGACAUUGCAGAAGGAAUUGAUGGAGCUGAAUUCCAAGCGUCAGAGUCAGCAGGUUCAACUGACAGCCAUUGACAACAACAUCCUCAGGCAAAAGUUCCUAGCUGCUAUUGAAGCCAUUGAGGAACAAGAGCGAGAAAGAGAGAGAGAGUACAAGGAUCUACUGAAGCUUCUGGAGGAUAGUUGAUUUUCACGAGGAGAAAGUCAUAUGCAAAUGUUGAAUGUGAUUAUUUGUAUUUAAAAUGGACCAUAUUUAUAAGCAUUAUAAUAAAUUGCAUUUUCAUCCAGC